UGUUUGUAUUGUGGUGCCGCAAGGCCAAAUCUUAUAAAUUUCGGAAACGACUGUCGCAUCAGUGUUUUUCUGUAUUUGUUUAUUCAUCGUGUCGAGCAAACAAUCGGGGUAGUUUGGUGGUUUGGUCGAACGUCGGCUUGAUACGGCAUUCAAGGUUGUGAAAACUUUGUCGCGUUGAUACACUUGAAUUUUUGCAGUUCUUAUUUUCAAUUCUGUCGGUUUUCUCAUUGACGGGUCUGACAUUGCGAGAAAAUUGCGCAAUUUCUCGGGUGUUCCAAUUCGCAUUCAAUAUUCAAUAUUCGAUACUCACCAUGCAUAACCUCUAACGGGGAAAAAUGACAAGUGCCGGAUAAAACAUUGUUGCAUGGUACGAAAAACGAAAAUAGUUCGGUAUUUCGAAAAAAAAAUUCAAGAAUCAAGGUACACGCUAUCGACACUUGAGUGACGAGAAACAAAGGGAAAGAACAAUUAUAACGGAUCGCUUUGUUAGAAAAAUGUCGAGAACAACUUUGAUCGUUCUUUCAAUCGUUUCAUACGUGUUUUUCCCAAUUUUAAAAAUCGAUGCAUCUCCAAUAACCAAAAAUGUAUCAAUAUUAGAUGAGAUAAAGAACGAUACGGAAAUUUGUGAAACACGCAGUGUGUUUUAUGAUUCUCGUUAUGUAAAAAGUUGUCAUGAUUACAAUUUUUCUGCGAAUGUAAAAGAGGAGCUUUCUAAUGAAAAUGCUAAAAAAUUUCUUUGCUUGGGCUUUUAUCAAAGAACAUUUCAGAUAUGUUAUCUGAACAGUUUGCUCAAACAGGCGAAUAAUACUGACGUGCCAGAAAACUCAAAGGUGUUUGAUACAAGAGUCGAAAAUUCAAUUCCCAAAAGCUCAACAUUUUGUACCAACUGGAAGCAUCCAAAUAUGACUAUGUACAAGAAGGUGAAAGAUUACGUUGAACAACUCGAAAAAACAUUGAGUAAUCCAGAUCAUUGUGAGAGAAUGUGUUUGACCUAUACUGAUGAAAUUGAACCGCUUUGUCUUCUAUUGGCAUCAAUGGAUGAAAUUUCAAAUAAAUUGUUAAUCAAAAAAAAGCAACUAGAGAUCAAGCAGAAGGCGAGCAAUUCUGAAAAUGCUAAUGCUAAAAAUCCUCAAGCAGUGGUUCCUGAACCACCUAAUAAAGCAGUUCACAAAGAAAACCCUGAGAGUAAAACCGUCAAAGGAUCAAAGACUGAGACAGUUCAAAUUUCUGAAACAGUACCACAGGAAUUAGCUGCAAAUAAAAAAUCUGGAGUCAAACAGCAAACAAAUCCAACUUUGGAUAAAAAACUCCCGGAGCCUGAAACAAAAAAACCUGAGGCAGCUGAACCAGCAGAUAUAAAAACUGAUAUAGUACAAGGACCAAAAGAAUCGUCUGCGGUUAAACCAAAUGUGAACAAACCUACACAAGCUAUUUCAAAGCCAGUAGUCAUGGAUAAACAAAAAGACAAACCAACUUCUUCAAAAGACCCUUUGGACAAUCGGCCUCAAACUAGUGAAAAUGAAGCUCCUGCUCAUGAUAAUGGACAGGAAGAUUUUGAUAAAAAUGCCAGCAUUGAACAGGAAGAUGAAAACACUGAUGUUAUUUCUCAACAUACACAGGAUGAUGAUAUCACAGUUGAUCGGCGACCUUCGGAAGAUGCUAAUGAGAUAGAAUCACCGAUAGAAGCUACUCAUGAAGAGGAUGCGAAUGAAAACUCUGUGCAGCCGCAAGAAAAAUAUAGUUAUGGUCCACGAUUGCCAGGAAUCCAGGAUGACGAUGAUUCUCACUUCUUUGGUUAUUUCACGGUUAUUGGAGUCAUUUGUAUUGCAGGCUACGUGGGUUAUCACAAUAAACAAAAAAUAUUUGCGAUGGUUCUUGAAGGACGGAGAUCUCGUGGUGGUCGCGGCAGAAGGAGACCAAGUACGGCCAAUUAUCGAAAGCUCGAUUGCACCCUCGAAGAGGCUGUUACGUCUCAAUGCAAUUCAAACGUUACGCACGUAAUAUAUUGAUGUGAAUAUUAGAAAAAGUAUAAGUAUCACGGAACUGUCAACGUUCCACAUUCUAUUCUCUUGUAUCAUAGAGUUGUUACAUGAAGGGAGGUUUUUGUUUUUAAACUACUAGUGCACAUAUUAUCGCGUUGCUGUGUCAUGACAUUUUGAGUGAACUAAAAACUGCGGGUUUGAGAGUAAAAGCACGCGAAGAGCACCGUCGAUGUUCCUCAACGUCGUUCAUUUUUUUUUGUCUCUUCUUCAACGACGAUAAUAACACUGUUGCGAUUAUUUGAUUUUGCAGCGUAUACGCAUUAUCGCUUUCAUUUAAACUUCUUUGAAUAUAUUUAUAUGGUAUAUAAAGCGUCUCAAUCGAUCCGAUCUGCUGUACAUAAAGAAAGAGUGAGUUUCAAAUCUCACUUAAAUGAUCGGAAAUGAUGAAUACUUGAACAAAAAAGUCACAAAAAAAUUAAUGCUAUCAGGAGUCUAAAUUCAUUAGUGAAAAGGAUUCGAUGGAUAAAUUGAUUUUGAAAAAGAUACCCAUGGAAAAAUUCGUAUUCAAGGAAACUUCGGUCCUCGGAAAUUUUGCAGAAUCUUUUAAAAUACAUCCAACUUUUUGGUGUUGAAAAUACUGAGUUUCAAUCCUCGUAGAGUGAUUCACCAAAAAAUAAUUGCACAAGCAACUCAAUUAUUAGUUUUGCUUCGUGUGAAGUCAGUAUAUUUAUUUCUCGGUAUGGGUCGAUCUUUUCAUCGAUUGCACUUCGAUUAGAGCCAUUUUCGACGUUCAACGAAAACUGAAAUCUUCAGAUUUCAAUUAUACUUAUAUUUCAAUUUUAUCUUGAAUCUUUUUACCAAAUCAUGUGCAGAAUUCAUGAAUUUAUGAUUUAUUAUGUGGAGAAAAAGCAAUCAACAGAACUGAAAAAAAUAAACGGAUGCAGAAAAAUCGACAAAGAUUAAUUUCAACGACGAAACAGCAACAAAUUUUCGUUCCACAGAAAUGAUUUGUUCGAUUUUUCAUGAUCGAAAUUGUAACCAAAUAUGUUUGACUGGGAACGUAUACGUAUAAGUUGAAAAAUCGGAAAAGAUCGAUCGAUUCGAGGACUUUUUGGCUGGUUAAUUAACCAGACAAAAUUGGCAUGGAGGAAGACUGUUAUUACAUUUUUUACGAAGCGUUCUCGGCUGGUUUCGCUAACCUUCGAUCUUAACGCUUCCUCAUUCAAUUUUUGUGACCGAGUGUAUCAGAAAGUUCGGUUCGGUGACAAGACUGAUGGUUCUUUUUCAAAAUCAAAUGAAAUCGAAGAAAAACAUGCAAUCACGGAAUAAAUUAAUAUGAAUGAGCGUUAAUUCGUACUGGUUUGGUUAUCCGUAAGAAGACCACGUAAUGUAAGAAUAAUUAUGAAAUUUAGCAUACGAAAACAACAUAAUACACCGUAACAGUAAUAAUAACGUAUGAUUCUAGAUUUACGCUAUUCGUCACAUAAUUUGUAAAUUGAUUCGAGAUUUUUCACGCCAAUAAAUAUUAAGGGGACAUUUAUUUUUCCUACUGGAUCGAAA